AUGACAUAUUCAUUUAAUACAUUUUUCAAAAGGAACUACUCCACCUCAUCUGUCUCUGAUGGUCUAUUUCAGGGAUUUGAGCCACGUGGAACAGACAUUGGGAUUAGACUGGCAGCCUGGGCCAAGCUGCAGGAAAGUACUGGGCCUGGGAAAGCACUAUCUCUGACAUCUCAGCAGUUUGUGGACCAAAGUAUAGCACGAGAGGUCCCCAGUAAAAUCCAGCAGCACUUAAGACAUCGUCCAAGGAGAAUGCUACAUACAGACACUACUGAGAACGCCUAUUUUUGCAAUGAUCCUGGAGAUCGCUAUGCCCAGCUGGUAUUCCGCUCAGGAAACUCAGACAGUCUGUGGAGUCUAAAGGCAAUCUAUUCCAUGUGCGAAAUGGAGCAAACCCAGAUACGCUCAGACGCACACUUUAAAGAACUCUGUCAGGUCAAAACAGAGGUUGUUGGCAACAAAGGUAAGGGAGAGUGCUGUCCAAGCUGGUCCCUGGGGAACUUCCUGGCUCUCCUCAACAACGUCUCCUCCUGCUUCAGUCUCACAGCUCAGCAAGUGUCAGACAGUUUAAGCUUGCUCAGAUACUGUGCCCCUUACUACCAUGAUGGAAGCCUCGUUGCAUCAUGUGUAGAGAGAAGCAAAUAUGGCUAUUGUGCAUCUGUCCCCCCUCCCUGCAAGCAAUCCAACAUCAUCUAUCAGAUUCUACAUUACCUAGUGGAUAAGGAUUUCCUGGGGCCUCAGACUGUUGAAUACCAGGUUCCAUCCCUAAAAUAUAGUGUCCUGUUCCUACCAGUGGCAAAAGGAAAUGCAUUAAUGGAGAUGUAUGUAAAACAUCUGGAAGGUCAUGAGCUAACAUAUAACAAUACUACCAUAACAGGGAUGGACUUGGGGAUUAAGCAAAAGCUUUUCAAAUAUUAUCUCUCAAGAGACUCUGUCUAUCCUAUUCUCACAGUUCUCGCACUGCUAUUUACAAUGGCCUUAUAUCUUAGAUCAUUCCUUUUAUCAGCUAUGUCUCUGUUUGCAGUCACAUUAUCACUUUUGACAUCUUAUUUUUUCUACAAAGUAGUAUUUGGCCUAUUGUUUUUUCCACUUCUGAAUCUCAUGGCAGUCCUUGUCCUUUUGGGAAGUUGCUCAAACCAAGCAUUCACCUUUAAUGACUUUUGGAAGUCCCAACUAAGCCAUAAUCCUCCAGCUGCACUAGAACAGAGAAUCCACCGUGUCUUACAGGAAAUUGGGUACUUGAUCUUGGUGUCUGGCUUAACAUCCAGCGUCGCAUUCUACUCCGGCUACAUAAGUAGCAUUACAGUGGUGAGGUGUUUUGCUGUGUAUCUUGGUAGUGCCUCUUUAAUCAACACACUUUUCGCUCUUGUUUGGCUCCCCUGUGCCAUUGUUUUGCAAGAGCGACAUGCUGCAGGAGCUUCCACCACUGCUUCUAAGCCAUCAUGGAAGCCAUGUUGCUCAAAAAAUCCUGGUGGAUUUUGGGACACAAGUUCAAGGAAGCGGUGCCUUUUCACAGUAGGACAGAAAUUUCGGGGUCUAAAACGUGGCCUCUCAGACACAUCAAAUCUAAUUUUCUCAAAAGUCCUGCCCUGUGGUGUGGUUAAGUUUCGAUACAUAUGGAUCUGCUGGUUUGCAGUCCUGGCUGCAGGAGGAAUUUACAUCUCAUGUGUAGACCCUGGCAUGAAACUGCCAUCCUCAGACAGUAGGGCAACUCAGCUGUUUCGCUCCAGUCAUCCAUUUGAAAGAUACGAUGCAGAAUACCGCCAUCAGUUCAUGUUUGAGCGAAUGAAACAAGGAGAGGAUGAGCCUAUGACUAUGACUCUCAUUUGGGGUGUCACCCCAGUUGAUGAUGAUCGUUUCAAUCCAAGAAGCAAUGGCUCCUUUACCAUGGACCCAGAAUUCAAUAUAAGUAGUUCGGAAGCCCAAGUGUGGUUGCAAAAGCUAUGUGGAAAAAUUAGAAACCAGACUUUUUAUUCACCGUCACCAGCAGACCAAGAAGCAGUGGAAGACAAUACUUGUUUUGUGGAAGACUUGAUUCACUGGCUAUCUACUCGCCAUUGUUCUGCAAAUGAGGAUGCUUUCAGUUUCUGUUGCAACAAUAUUACAUUCCCUUACCCGCCUAGUGUUUUCGAAGAGUGUCUCAAAAUGAUGGUGGAAGAACAACAGGCAGAAACUGGUUCACCUAGGACCGGGGGCCUUCGUUUUGAUUCACAAAAUCGAAUUGCUGUCCUUGUUGUGGUAUUUAAGACCUCACAGCUUAACAGCUUUAACUUCAACAGAACUUCAAAUUUCUAUAAACAAAUCACGUCUUGGUUCAAUAAUGAGAUUUCUAGCGCUCCACCUGGACUGCAAAGAGGCUGGUUUGUGAGCCAAUUAUUGUUGUAUGACCUCCAGCAAUGCCUGAGCUCAGAGACAUUAGUAGUGGCAGGCUUUUCCGUAGCCCUUACAUUUGCAUCGCUUUUGCUCACCACUUGGAAUAUACCAUUAAGCAUUUAUGUGACAUUUGCUGUCGGGGGGAGUGUUUUUGUUACUGUUGGCCUGCUUGUGCUUUUAGAAUGGCAGUUAAAUAGUGUGGAAGCACUGUUCAUUUCAGCUGCUGCAGGCCUCUCUGUUGACUUUGCUGCCAAUUACUGCAUUUCCUACUGCCUGGCCCCACACACUGACCGAUUGGGUAGGGUCGCAUAUUCUCUGAAGAAAAUGGGUUGUCCAGUAGCCAUAGGUGCAGGAGCAUACUUUUGUGUCGGUAUUAUAAUGCUACCGGCGACUGCGCUGCUUUUCCGGAAGCUUGGGAUAUUUCUCCUUCUCGUGAAGUGUGUGGCAUGCGGUUUUGCCACUUUUUUCUUUCAGUCACUCUGUUGCUUCUUUGGACCUGAGAAAAACUGUGGGAAAAUAAUCAUACCAUGUGCAAAAGAGAGAGCCACAGAAAAUAUACCAUCUUCUUGUUCAGGUGCUGAAGCAGGAAACAACAAUCCAUCAGUUAAUGGUAUGUUCAGCUGUGGUACUAGCACGGGAUCACAAGGGAGAAAAAAUUGUAAUAAAGAAGGUGGCGGAGCAUUCUUGUGCCCCAAUCAGCACCGCCACAGGCAACACCUGUCAAGGUUAGGGAGGGAGCCAGAGCAGUAUGAGCUGCAACCUCUUGCCGGUCAUCUAAGUGACAGCUUUGAAAACAGCACUUGCACCAGCAAGCUGUCCAACAGACCUUCUGUUCUUUCAGAUGACAUUGAGUUCUGUGGUCUCAGUCCAAAGCGAUAUUACAACAGGAUUAGCACUGAGUCUGUGAGUGACGAAAUAUGUAGCAGGCACCUCAAAGGUUGCGACACUCCCCAAGCCGUCCAGACCUCAUCCCCUUACAAAGGAAAAAAAACGCGGCCUGUAGUAGUUCUUACAGGUGAUCCAGCAAAGGAAAGGCAUUUGUGCAAGAAAUGUCAUAGCCCUGGAAUGAAACUAUGGAACGUCUCCAUGUCAUCUUCUAGCAUGGAAGAUAUCACGGUCAUAGAGACCACAGAUAAUACUAAUAAAAGGUCACUCUCUAUGGAUGGGGCCUAUAGAUGUCAUGCACAUAAAAGACUUUUGUCUUGUCAGUCUCAGAGUUCCACUGAGGGGCUUGAAGAUUCUAACGAGACUUGUUUGAGUGACAUUGAGCCAGCAGUCUCUGUCGCACCAUCCACUGUGACUGAAGGAGAGCUGCGACCAGGUCACCUCAAUGGCAAGAGAGAUACUUUGCGUCUGUCUCUGAGAGAAACAGUUUAUGACCCUGGCUCCCCAAGUUCUGGAAGGGGGCGGACAAGCCAAAGUGAGCUGCCUGUAAUAUUGCCAAACAGUCAACCGGAUUUACCUGACGUAUGGAUCAAGAGGGAUGGAAGAAGUGAGGACAACAGUUGAUUUAAUGAAUAUAAAACAGAUUAACAGAGGCCUCAGUGUAUGCUUUUACCACCAUGCUAAAUCCUGAACUUGUGAUGUACUUUGUGCUUGGUGGUGUGAUGAUAAUUUCAGCAUCCAAGAGAUCAUCAUAUCUGUAAAUGCUUACUAAACACAAUAGACCUGUAAAUUCACAGUUAUAUAGGUCCCAGAUUAUAUCGAGAAUUAAUUUCACACUGCUAUCUGCAAUGAGUUUAUGAUAUAUGUUACAAAAAAAAU